AUGACGGCAAUCAGCGCAAAGCCCGUGCGCCCCGACCUCCAAGCCCUCAAACAGGCCCUCGCCCACCACCAAACAUGCUCUGACGCUGCCGUGCACGCUCUCCAAGAGCUUCUCGGCGCCGCCGGAAAAUCCUCCGGCGCCCAGGGCAAAGAGAAUGUCAGGCCGAAGGCUACUCGGACACAGGACGCAAAACCCACACGCCCACGCGCAAAAACGAAGACGAAAGCCGACGCCGAAGCUCCUCCCGCCCUCACUCCGCGCGAGAAGUUCCUCCUCGCCACCGAGGUCGUCAAUUCUUCUCUCAAGGCACUCAGUGAUGCCUCGAAACUCCAAUCGAAAUCCCACUCCCACGUCGCUUCGACGACGACACAAAGUCAGCGCUCGGACUCGAAACGACCCGCCGCGCAAAGAGCACCCAGCCAAAUAUCCAUCGAAACUACCAAGUCUUCGGGAAAGCCCGGGGCCCCCGCCAAUAUUGUGGCUGUUGCUGAGUGCGCGCGGUUGGCCUUCGCAUAUUUGAGGACCCCGGAAGCAUGGAAAACCUCGGGAAAAGACAUGCCGCCAUUGCAGUUAGAAACUGGCAUGUUGUCGCUGGUCGGAAAGCUGCUUUCUCAGAGCUUGGAUACUCUGGCCGUCAAGGAACUGCGCGUGUUGAAGAGGCGGCUGGAAAGUCACCUGCGUCCCAUCAAGGACGGUCUUGAAAAUGGGAGAAAUGACAGCGACCAGGCAGAGAAGGAAACCCUAGCGAGCUUGCUGAAUUUUGGGCAGAUCGACGUGGCCAGCCCGGCUUUGCAACUCACCCUCAAUCACCAGCUUUACGUGUUGAAGGUCAUCUGCUCCAGCAAGCGUCCGUCAAGCAUUGAGUCGGCCCUCGAAUUCCUCCGGCCAUCGACGCCUUCGUCUCCCAUAAACAUUCUCUUGCAACUUGCCGACAGACCCGGAAACAAAGACAAAGCUGCACGCCAAUUGGAAAGUGUCGCCCAGAUGCUUCUCUCCCUGUGUCCCAGCAUAUCAAGCUCGGAGGAUACCCGCGCCUGCGAUGCUGCCACAAGCCCGUCCCCGGAUGUUGCCUUCCAAAUGCAGGCUCUGGCAUUUGACGCUCGCGCACAGUGGUGGAAGCUUUCCGGCCACCAGGGAGAUGCUGAGAAAGAACUCCUCGAGCCUUUCUCCAAGUGUGUUGCGGCUUUCUCAAGGCGAUCUGAUUCGCUACCAUCGGAAAAGUACAGCUUGGCGAGUGCGAAGUUGGAGGCUUUGGAAAGCGCCACUGGAGUCAAGGCGAAAGACCGGAAUUUGUGCAAGGUCAUGAGCUCGUUGGCCCAGUCCGCUGAAAUGGGCGAAGUCGCUAUGAGGUGGAUCAGAAACCAGACUGCAUCAUCCUCCAACGGCCGCCAGGCUUCGGAUGCAGCUCAAGCAGCAUCAUGCAUUCGGAUUGCAACAUUAUCCCUCGAAAAUAUAUCUUCAAGCGGGGAAACUGAGGAAUUUCACGUGAACAUCGAUUCCGCUCUCAAGGCCUUGGAUGGAAGUUUGAGGGGUGACUCCGUCGAUUUGGAUACUUUGCUAACGGAGGUCUCCGGUCUCCGAAGAGCAGCAGGCAAGGUUGUGGUUGAGAAGAAGCCGGGUUUUCAAGAGCAAUGUUUCUCUAUCAUCUCUGCAUGUACCCAUUUUCUGGCCAGGUACAUCGGAACAGCGCCAACAGAGGGAUCAGAUCCGCAAAGCCUUACCAGACACGCAGAAAGACUUCAAAUCGCGUCGAAAGUCGUCAAAGGAUUCAUUGACUCUGUAACAGCAUGUUGCAAAAUUCUCAUGUCCUCGGAAUCCAUCAACUGGGAUGAUUUGGACCGCACGUUAGAAGACUGUCGAUUUAUCCUUGGCCAACUCGAAGCACCGUAUCGGGACAACUCCAAACAACUGCACCAAUUUUCUGCCAAUCUUGGGCGACCUUUUGUCAAACUUUCCGGUCUUUAUUGGUUAUUAUUCGCAUAUUUCAGAAAGAAGACAGCUUCCGAUGAGACUUUGCUCCAGUCGCUCCACAAGUCCGUCGACAUUCUCUUGGACCGUCCGGAAGAAGAAAAAAGCUCAGGCCUCCUCCUUCUGAAGCUUGAAAAAUUUGCAGAGGUCCUUGAAGAGAGACGCAAGUAUGAGGACGCUGAAGAAGCAUACGUCAACUCCAUCCGCACGCAAAUUGGCUCUGGUGCGCUUAGAGAAGCUGCAGAGAAAGCGUCGACUGGGUCAUUCCAACAAGCGAUGCUGGAGGGCAGAUUGGCGGCUUUCUUGAAGACAGCAACCUCUCUUCACCUUCUCUUACUUCGACAGAGCGAGAAGAUCAGUGACAAAGUCCUGCAUUUUGACCUGGAAGGACUUGAACCAGUGGAGAGAGCAAUACUCUUGGAGGUGCAGCUGAUACUCUGCUGCGAGACACACGCCAAGGUCCGGAAAUCAAACGAUGCGCUUAACAAGUCUAUUCGCGACCUUGUUCGGUCUCUGUUUGGAAUUUACGAUGCCUCUCAAUAUCCUCUACGACGCCAACGGAUUGCUACACAUGUCCUCCGGCUGGGAGUGGAAUGCCAAGAGGUCAUUGGCCAAGAACUCUUGUCCGAGGCUGUUGCGUGCAAUAUCGAGGUUGAAUCGUCUAUCAGUCUUGACGCAGGCCUCAGUCAGUAUCAGCAACACUAUGCAGCAUCUCACCAGAUGAGCAUUGCCCUACUGAAGUCCCCACCGUUGGUCGACGAAGUACAAGAACCGCUUCGUUCCUGGCAAAACAUGUUCGAUCGCGUCGACUCGUGGGCUCAUUUGGUGACAUGCGUCGACGCGUUUGAAGCCUGGAUGUCGCAACUUCAGAUGGUGUCCGACUUCUUGGGUAUGAAAGGCAUGGAUUUCCUAAGAGUUCCGGUCCUGUCGAUCAUGAGCAAAGCUAUGGAGUUACAAGUACCCUCGAAUGAUGGCAAAGUGGUUCAAGCACUUGCCAGUCUGGGGGCGCAAUACGCACGCCUUGGAUACUCAGGAAAGGCCGGCACCGUCCUGGCUAAGGCUCAGGGACUUCUGGAAGCCGGAGACGUGCCAGCUGAAGCUGCUCUGCAGUGGCAUCUGGCCUAUGCAGAGUACAUGCUGGUCCUCGGCAAUCUGGAUAAGUGUGGCGAAACCUUGUCUGCAGCGCGUGAGUUCGCCGAAACCGAUCCGCUCAUAAUGUCAAUGACGGCGCCCAAGGCAUCCUUCUCGACCAAGCUUCGGCACUACAAGCUGCUUUCUGAGGCCUCCCAUGUCUACUCCCUCCUCUCCCUAAGCUCGGGUUAUCCUAGCGAGGCCUUGGCAUAUGCUAAGCAGUGUGUCAACUUGAAUAGGAAGAUCUGGCUCACAGUGGAGAACCGUAAGCCGAGAAGUGAUGUAAAGGAGGCCAACAGCAUUGAUGUUUCCCCGAUCACGAUGUCCAUGACGCAUGGGGCGCUCACGGGUGCUGCGUUUUGGGCUUUUGUGCCCUCUAUAUUCCGCGGGCUUACUCAGCUUGCUAGCAUAUUCGCUCACCAAGGAAUGCUGCAAGAGGCUGUCUACUUUUCGGAGCAGGCUUCCAGGAUCGCGGCUGCCGUGGAAGCAGAUUCUUUCAUCGUUCAGAAUCUCAGCCAUACUGCGGAGAUGUACCUAGAGAGCAGCAGGCUGGACGAUGCUUCGAGUUGCUUGGUAAAAGCCGAUGCUAAUGCUAAACGACUCCCCCCAAGCAUUGACCUCGCGAGAUUCCACACGACUGGUGCUCAUCUCCGCCAACUGGUGGAUAAUGACGAUGAUGAUGCGGUGGAAGAAUAUGACAUGGCCAGCAAGAUUAUCCAGGCUCUUUCAGAUUCUGCCUUCGUACGAAACCUGGAGAAGCUGUCCAACGGCGAGACCGAGAUCUCGGAAAAGAUGUCCGACAUGAAGCUUGAGGAUGAGCCAUCACGAAACCGCAAGGGUCCCGCAAAGACGGCGACGGCUAAGAAGACGACUACCAGAGCAGGGAAGAAGGCCACAGCACGCAAGGUUGCUGUCCCCGCCAUUGUGCCAGAAGAAACGCAAGAUAUGGCACAUGCGUGUCCUACACUUGAGGACAUUCAGGCAACCAUCAUCUGCCGCAAGGCUUCCGUGCUACUUGCAAGGGACCGCCUUUCGGAGGCCAUCGCUUUGAUAGAGGAAGCAGCGGGAUUGAAACUCGGCCAAGAGGCAGCAGUUCAGCACCAGUCUACCCGUUUCCGGUCACUGAUGUCGGAGGCCAUGAGGGAGAUCGCAGCUGACUUCACAUUCAACGCGCUCCCCGAAUCCACAAUCUCUUUCCCUGCUCUCUCCAGAGGUGACCGCAAACUUUCGGAGCCAUCACAGGCAAGACCAUCCUAUCUAGCCAUUGCCGAUACUCCAUCUCCAGCUGCUCCUGUCUCCAAGAAGGGCGCCAGGGGGAAGAAGGCCAGCAAGGAAGAUUUUGCCGUCCUCCUCAAGAAAGCGCGCGACUGCAUUGCCGAGGUCCAGAGCCAAGCAGUUCACACUUCAUCAACAUCAGCGGUGCAGCGUGUCUGUAGCAUGCUCAAUGAAGUCACCAUUCUUCUUUCCGCCACGACUCCCAAGGGCGCGAAGGGCUCUCUACAUCCUCUGUAUGCUGCGUAUCUCACGGAGCUUCCGAAAACGAACGCCUCCAAACUCGAGCAGGAGGCCAUCUCGAUUGAGCACCAGAAGACCGACCGUGAGAUGCUUCUGACCUGGCCCGGCGUCGCAGAUGACCAGGAAAGGCCACUUCAGCUCACUGCCGCCGACUUUCAGACCGAUUAUGUCAACAUCAUCCCUCAAGAUUGGACGGCUAUUUCGUUGUCCUUGAAUGAAGCACGAGAUGAGCUCUACAUCACGCGCUAUGCGCCUUGGCAGUCACCGUUCAUCUUGAGACUUCCCAUGGCUCGCCACAAUUCGCGUGAUAUGGACGAAGAGAUUUUUGGCUUUGAGGAGGGUAAAGCCGAGCUUGCGGAAAUCAUCGAGCUUUCAGACUUCAGCACGCGACACGUUCCAGACUUGAGCAAGAAGGGAGCGAAGACAGCAUGGUGGGCUGAGCGCGAGGCUCUCGAUGCUCGUCUGGGCGAUCUGCUUACGAAUAUCGAGAACAUCUGGCUCGGUGGCUUCCGUGGCAUUUUCAAAAAGAAGGGCACCAGGGCUUCACUCAGCAGUUUCUCUAAGAGCUUCGAGAACAUUUUGGACAGACACCUUCCCAGCCGACAAGGUAAGGGAACGAAGUCGAAGACGAGCCUGGACUGGAGAAUCUUGGAGCUGUUUGUGGGGCUUGGCAACCCGGACGACGGCGUGGACCUUGACGAGCCCCUCAUGGACCUGGUCUACUUCGUCGUGGACAUUCUGCAAUUCAAUGGUGAGAGGAACGCCUACGAUGAGAUCGACUUCGAUUCGAUCAUCAUCGAGAUGCUCGACGCCUUGCGGUCAUUCCACGAAGAGGCGGAGCCGAUGCCAAACCAGCACACCAUCCUUAUCCUGGACAAGAACCUCCACGCCUUCCCUUGGGAGUCUUUGCCUUCGUUGCAAUCACUCUCCAUCUCGCGUCUUCCUUCAAUGUCCGCGCUGCGAGAGCGCCUACUCGUCGCACGCGCAAGCAAGAAGCACAGCAGCUCCGCUCCGUCCUCCUCCUCCUCCGACGAGGACGCAACCGACAACGACGUGAUCCGCGGCGGCCACCACAUUUCCAUCUCAACCCUGACCGGCACGAGCGUCCUCAACCCCGGGGGCGACCUCACGCGCACACAGGAGACGCUCGCCCCGCACGUCAAGGCCGCGCCGGGCAUGUGGUACCACCUGAUCGGCCGCGUGCCGGACGAGACGGCGCUCGAAAUGUCGCUCGCGAAGAAGGACGUCCUCCUCUACUUCGGCCACGGCAGCGGCGCCCAGUACAUCCGCGGCCGCACCAUCAAGAAACUGCUCUGCAACAACCGCGGCGAACGUCCAUCUUCCCAACCGUCGUCGUCGUCUUCCCCCACGCCCGAUCCGGGACAGCAACAGCAACAGCAGGAACAACAACAGCCGCCGCCCCUCGCGACGUCCCUCCUCUUCGGCUGCAGCUCCGCGCACGUCACGGCCAACGGCGCCUUCGAGCCCAGCGGCAUGCUGUGCGCCUACCUCACCGCCGGCGUCCCCGCCGUCCUCGGCAUGCUCUGGGACGUCACCGACAAGGACUGCGACCGCUUCGCCAUCGCGACGUUGCGGAAAUGGGGCUUGUUCGAGCCGGAACAACCGUCGGAGGAGGAGGAGGAGGGAGAGGAGCUGGAAGAGGAGGAAGAUUUAGUUCCAAAGACUCCGUCCAGGAGGAGAGCGGCCUCGCGCUCGAAGACGCCGAACAAGAGCCGCAGUCGGAGUAGGAAGGGGGGGAAGAAGAAGGAGGAGGAUGGGAGGGGUGAUGGGAAGAGGGAGGCGAGGAGGAUGGGGCUGGAUGAGGCGGUGGCGAAGAGUAGGGGGGCGUGUUAUUUGAGGUAUUUGAACGGCGCGGCGGCGGUGGUGUACGGGAUCCCGGUGUUCUUGGAGUGA